AUGGUUUUGGCUGACUUAGGUGAAAGGCUCAGAGGAGCACUCUCUUCCGUCGAGAAGGGCUCGGAUGACGAAAUUCAACAAAUGAUCAAGGACAUUUGCUCUGCGUUGUUGGAAUCUGACAUCAACGUCAAACUUGUCGCCAAAUUGAGAGGUAAUAUACGAGACAAAAUUGAAAGCGAAAAUGUAUUAAAGGAAACCUCAUCUCAGAAUAGGAGGAAGAAGUUGCAAAAGAUUAUAUAUGAUGAGUUGUGUGCGUUGGUGGAUUCCCACGUUGAACCACCGAAGCCGAAAAAGCUUUCCGCCACCACCAAGACCAUCAAUGGGAAAAAAGUGAGGGUUUCAAAAGAAUCCAGUCAUGUUAUUAUGUUUGUGGGUUUGCAAGGUGCAGGGAAAACCACUUCUUGUACAAAGCUAGCUGUAUAUUACAAAAAAAGAGGGUUCAAAGUGGGGUUAGUUUGUGCCGAUACCUUUAGAGCAGGUGCUUUCGAUCAAUUGAAGCAAAACGCAAUAAAGGCAAAUAUACCAUACUACGGGUCUUACUUGGAACCAGAUCCAGUCAAGAUUGCCUCCGAGGGUGUACAGAAAUUCAAGCAAGAAAGGUUUGAUAUUAUUAUCGUGGACACGUCAGGAAGACAUAGACAAGAGGAGCAACUUUUUACCGAAAUGGUUCAAAUAGGCGAGGCUGUGCAUCCUAGUCAGACUAUUAUGGUCAUGGAUGGAUCCAUCGGGCAAGCUGCAGAGUCACAAGCCCGGGCUUUUAAGGAAAGCUCUGAUUUUGGUUCAAUAAUUUUGACAAAGAUGGACGGACAUGCGAAAGGUGGUGGUGCAAUCUCAGCAGUUGCAGCAACGAAAACGCCUAUAGUGUUCAUCGGUACAGGUGAGCAUAUUGGCGAUUUAGAAGUGUUCAAACCGACGACAUUUAUAUCAAAGUUGUUGGGUAUUGGUGACAUUCAAUCGCUUAUUGAGCAUGUGCAAUCGUUGAACUUGCACCAAGACGAAGGGCACAAACAGACAAUUGAGAAUAUCAAGGAAGGAAAAUUCACUUUGAAGGAUUUUCAAAAUCAAAUGAACAACUUUAUGAAAAUGGGGCCCCUUACAAAUAUUGCAUCUAUGAUUCCAGGUAUGUCAGGUCUCAUGUCGCAAGUGGGUGAGGAGGAAACAUCCAACAAGAUUAGAAAUAUGAUAUUCAUUAUGGACUCGAUGACGACAAAGGAGUUGGAAAGUGACGGCCGGAUAUUCAUCAAAGAGCCAAGUAGAAUUGUGAGGAUAGCAAGAGGUUCCGGCUGCAGUGUAGUUGAAGUCGAAAUGAUUUUGCAACAGCACAGAAUGAUGUCGUCUAUGGCAAAGUCAGCAGUUGCCGCACAAGGUCAGGGUGGACAGCCUGGUGGUCCGUUUGCAGGAAAUUCUCAAAUGCAAAGAAUGAUGCAGAAUGCGCAAUCGAAUCCAAACUUCAUGCAGCAAGCAAUGAGCAUGUUAGGUGGAGGAGGUGGCGGAUUAGGCGCCGGUGGUGCUGGAGGCCCAGGUGGACUAGCCGGCAUGAUGAACAAUCCUGCAAUGAUGCAACAGGCUCAGCAAAUGAUGAGAAGUAACCCACAGAUGAUGCAACAGGCGCAAGAGAUGAUGAAGAAUCCACAGAUGAUGCAAAAGAUGAUGCAACAAUUUGGGGGGAUGGGUGGUAUGUAA